ACUAACGGCUUAUUGACCGAGCGUGAGGUCUGUACUGUGAAAUAUCAGACCAAGGUUUUUUAGUAUGGACCGAGCGACGAAGGAGCGAGGUCCAUGCAAAAAACAAAAACAAUCAAAUUUGGUUGUUUGAAAUUUUUAUCUGUAAAGCACAAUUGGAAAUUUAAAAAGCAAAAAUUUUUUCUGUUUGCAAAGCCAAAAUUUCCCGCCAGAUAAACGACAUCCGGAACACCGGUCCAGAUACGGAAAAUACGAACCACGGUCCGAAUAUGGGUUUUUACGGACCGCUUGCCAACCAAUCAGAAUAGAGAAUUUUGAAAAGCCAUAUAAUAAUAACAGUUAUUUAGUUUUUAUUAUUUAAUGAUAUGUUAUUGAAUCAAUACAAACAUACUCGCACCAGGACUUUGGCUGCGCCACAUCUUAAAAUGGGUACCCUUUUUCUUUCGUCGACUUUUUUGGAUGUCGCCAUUAGUGGGUGUCACAAACACGGACAAGACAAAGGGUGAUCGCUAGAUAGUAUACUUCAAAAUAAGGUUUCCGUUUUUAUAACGUAGAAAAAACUAUCCUAACGCAAAACUAAACCCUAACCCUAAUACAACCUAAACCCUAACCUAACCCUAAUUUAUUUUAAUUAUUUUAAAAAUUGAUAUAAAAACGGAAACCUUAUUUUGAAGUAUACUAUCUAGCAAUUGCCCAAGACAAAGAUACCCAAACAUAAAACGUCUCAAAUUACCAUUCAAGAUGGCCACCAUUCCAGGAGCGAGCGAUGCAUGUGUAUUCGAAACGUGCAGCACGUAUUUGGCUUACGCAGCACGUAUUUGGCUCAAGAAAAUUAAACCUCUAAUUUUCAUUGAGUAUUCUCGACAUGAAGUUCAAACGAACCGUGUGAGACUCUCAAACUCGAAGACUCGCAACUGGCAAAAUAGCCGACCCCGUACUCGAAGACCACUGAAAUGAUUACGUUCUUGCUUGUUAAAAUAUAAAAUAAAACAAAUUCCGAAAAAAACCCUUGAAAAUCCAGGAUAUGGCUUAAAAUAGCAUCAAGAAAAUGAUACGACUAAAAUUUGCUUGAUUUUAAGAUGAAUCCAUAUUUUGGAUUUUCAAGAUGUUGUUUCGGAGUUUGUUUUAAUUUUAUAUUUUUUCUAAUUGUCGACUGGAAAUAGAUUUUGCUUCUGUUGAUUGUUGUACUAUGUCUUUUGUUGAUUGUUGUACCACUUCUGUUGUACUAUCUAUCGAGAUCUAUGAUAAAAUUCAUAGGCAAAGUGCGAGCUAGUUCAAAAUCUGGCAAGCGUAUCACCUACAGGCUCCUCUCCCACCAUCCUUUCAUAAAGAUCAACCAGAAUGAUGGCUCCAUUGAAAUCAACUAUAAAGACUCUCCAAAGUAUUCUCCCAAACGCAGUCAAAUAACGACAUUUCGAGUUGCCGCAAGUACACCACGUCAAAAUAAUCGUCGUUGUAGAUUACUUUCCUGCAGACAAUGUAGGUCUAACACUUGGGUGCGUAUUAUAGCCCUGCGUCUUUAUUAUGGAGAUAAAAUCAUACAGUCACUACAAGGGAAUUUUUCUUCAUUGGUGAAAACAAAUCAUUUAUCACGAGUUAUUUCACCCGAAAGUCUUUAUCGCGUUGUACGUUGGAUAUCUCCAAAAGUCAAUGUACUUUCUACCAAGAUUUCUUCAGCUCAAGCUCGACUAGACAAAGCAUGUACCAAACUUUCUUGGACCAUCAGAUCUCACUUUAAAAGUAAGUGCUUGUUUGUCACAAAACCUCGGUAUUACGGCUGGGGGGGCGAGCUUGUUUUGCCCGACCAAAAGGGCGUGGCCGAAGUCGUGCCCGACGCACGACGGAACUGAAAGUUGAGCUGUAAGAGAAAGUACUUCAUAUUGUGCAGUUAUAGUUAACCCGUUUCCAGUCGCGUUUUGAAGUUUUCAUGCUAACCCAGAGAUGCUUACCUUUAACCAUUCACGAACAUAACGAAUAGAAUAAAGCAGGCCCUGAAUAAAGGUAUAGCAGGCAUAUUUUUCGUAAGUUAUUUUUCUCUCAAUCUAUCUGCCACAUUAAAUAUAAAUAAGCCUUUUUCAAAAUUUGCUCGACGAAAUUGUAUGGAUAUACUCGACGAGAUUAAUUUAAUAGAAACUGGGGGUCACCCAUCCCACCCCGAUAGUUUUGCUCCUGAUAUCUACAGGGUGUAUUAAAAAAGUAAACAAUUUUGAAACGGCUCGCGCAAUUUCACAAAUCCAUUUCACAAAUCCAUUUCAUGAAAUAUUUCAUAAUAUAGAUUGUUUGCGUACUUAUAAUGUAGAAUAAACAAAAAAAUUUCGGAAAGAUAAAUUUUCCAGAGCAGGGGGGGGGGUUGUUCUUUUUUAGCAGCAUUAAAAAUAGCUUGCGCGCGAAAUUUACCAACUUGUAAAUUGUUAUUUUACUUUUAUUGCAAUAACAAUAUGCAAAUUAGGUAAAUGCAUGCGUAAGGGGCGGACCAUUAGAAAUCCCGGGAGGGGGAGUGAAAAUUCCCAAAAAAAAUUCGUGCAAAGGAAAAUGCCUGGAAAAAAAAUUCGUGCGGCCAUUACGUCAGAGAAAAAAAAUUCGUGCAAGCAAACAGCGAAGUACAAAUAGUCUUGAAAAAAAAUUCGUGCAGAGGUUAAAUGCAUUAAAAAAAUUCCUGCAGAGACACGAGACUGAAAAAAAAAUUCGUGCCGCAAACAUUUUAUACCCCCCCUCCCGGGAUUUCUAAUGGUCCGCCCCUAAUAGGCAUUGGUGCCAAAAAUGAAAGUUUCAGCAGCUUUUUAAAGGACUUAGAAUCAGUGGCGGCGGAACAGGGGGGGGGCUAGGGGGGUUAAAGCCCCCCCCCCUCAGAAGUAAAAGUGGGGGGGCUUAGCCCCCCCCAGAAAAUUUUGUUUUCUCUGGAAACAUUUUGUUAAUUAAGGAAAAAUGUAGGUUAUUUUUGGAAAAUUUAGGUAUAAGGGGAAAAAUUUGGGAUAUUUUGUGUAAAAAUCGAGUAUGUCCGGAAAAAUUUUUUGUUAUAGGUCCGGAAAAAUUUUUUUCAUCCCUUUUCUUGUAUAUGUCCGGAAAAAUUUUUCUACCCCUAAAAUGGUACACUGACCGAAAUUUUUUUGGCGACGGGGGGGGGAGGUCACGGAAAAAAAAUUUAGCUCCCCCAAACUGAAAUCCGUUCCGCCGCCCCUGCUUAGAAUUACGUAAAUUUUCUGAUAUUUGGACCAUUGAUAAAACACAUAACAAAUUUCUCGUCCAUGUACUCAAAAUGUGCUUUAAACUUUUAAAUUUCGCGCGCAAGUUAUUUUUAAUGCUGCUAAAAAAGACACCUCCCCUGAAAAAUUUGUCUUUAUGAAAAUGGCUUGUUUAUACUACAUUAUAAGUACCCAACCAAUCUAGAUGAAAUGAGCGGAUUUGUGAAAUUGAGAGCCGUUUCAAAAUUGUCUAGUUUUUUUUAUACACCCUGUAGUGAUAAUGUACAGCGUUAUUGCAUUUUCUGUAUUCUGUAUGCAAGCAUGAGUUUUGAAUGGAAAUCAAAAGCUGCGAAAUUCAAAGUUAUUAGCCAUGCCGGAUAUUUUAUGCAGCUGCGCCAAUGUAAAUGUAUUCUUUUUGGUGAAGAAUAUUUGAUGUUAAUUGCUUAGAAGGACAUCUUUAUUUCAAUUUCGACACAUCCAUCUCUACGAUUUGAAACUAAAAUCAUGCAAUGAUAAAUUGCUUUUUACAUUUUAGCACGUUUCCCGUCAGUGAUAGUUAGUGCGUCUAUGAAAGAUUUAUUCUCUCCAACGACUGUUCGAAAGUUACUCUAUUUAUCCAAUUGUCCACAGCGAGAAAUCGACCACUCAUUCUGCAGAAUGCGUGCAAAAUAUCGUUCUAUCGAUGGAACAUGUAAUAACAGAAAAAGUCCUCUCUAUGGUUCGUCUUCAAGUGCCUUCGCUCGAGUUCUUCCCGCUAAAUAUUACGACUCUGAUGGUAUGAAAGAUCCCUUGGGAUUCCCUGAUUUACCGAAUGCUCCUGAUGUCCCCCACCCUCUUGAGAUUACAAAGCUGUUUGUGAUUGCUCAGAAACAACCAUUACCAGGAAGAGGAAUUCAUUCGCAUUUUCUCAUGCAGUGGGGGCAAUUUUUGGAUCAUGACUUUACUCUCGCACCCGAAAGUGAAGAUGCUGAUAAAUGCCGUCGUGAAAGGUAAAUAAAUAUGUAAAAAAGGACUAUACAGGGUGUAUAAAAAAACUGAACAGAUUUGAAAUUGCUCUUAAUUUCGCAAAACAGCUCGUGGUAUCACGUUUUGGUUAUAUAUAGAUUCCUUAAGUACCCAUAAUGUAGAACAAUGAAAAAAAGCACUCGAUCUCAAAUUGUGUAAACCAAGGAUGUUUCUUUUCCAACAAAUUAAAAAUGGCUUGCGCACGAAAUUUAAAAGCUUUGAUCGUAUUUUGAGUUAAUGGGUGAAAAAUUUGUUGGGUUUUUAAUACAAAAUUUCAGACAAUUUGCUCAACUAUUCAUAUUGCUGACAUAUGCAAAUUAGGCAAAUGCAUUAAUUAAGCAUGCAAAAGGCUGAUUUUUUAGGAAAAAUGUAAGUUUUCGUGAAUAGUUAAAGGCUUAAACUGAAGAAAAUUGUCUGAAAUUUCGUGCAGCGAUUAAACACCCAACACAUUUUUCAAACAUUUUUUAAAACGGGUUCGCAAGCCAUUUUUAAUUUGUUGGAAAAGACACACCCCCCUGGUUUACAUUAUUCUACAUUAUAAGUACCCAAAGAAACUAUAUUUAUCAAAAACUGGAUACUAUAAUAGCUGUUUUGCGAAAUUGAGAGCAAUUUCAAAUCUGUUCAGUUGUAUUAUAUACCUGUGUUUAUAUUUAUACAGCUGUUGCUUUUGUUUGAGCACUUUGAAGAGUUAUAGGGGUUCACAGCUGUGUAGUAGUCGAUUGAAUAAAAUAAUUUUGCCACCCAAAAUGGCGGACUAUUUUUGACGAUGCGUCAUACUGCAAGAUCUGAAUAUUCUAUGAAAGUUUGGAAUACAUUUUAAAUUUAGAGAAAAAUAAACAUCCUCAAAAGUACAUUUUUAAUGUUUCUUCAAACAGUUAAAUGUUGCACAAUAGCAUGCACUUGAUACAUUUCGUUAUGUUAUCACAAAUUCGUUACGUUAUAAUAUCACAAGACUCAAGAGCCAGUAGUUGAUUAUGCAGUAACUUUAAUUUUGGAUAGUUGUUGCUGUUCUAUUUCUUCUACGAAUUUUAUGAUUUAAUUUCUUUUGGCAGCAAAAAAUGAAAAUUUCUCCUAUGUCUUUGUUUACUUAUAUUUUCUGCUUUUAUUCAAACAUCUAUAGUUGUCAUCAAAUAUCAAAAGCAACUGAACCGCCUUGUUUCACAAUCUUGCCUCACAAAUCAUCCAAGUGCAUACACUUCACAAGGACAGCCUCAGUAUGUGAUCCAUAUCAAAUGAGGUUAGGAACAAGAGAGCAAAUGAACGCAAACACAGGUUUCAUUGAUGGAUCACAAAUCUAUGGAUCAACUUUGGAGUUAGCAAAAAAUCUAAGAGAUCUUUCACGUAAGUGUUUGAUUCAAAAUUUAAUCAAUACUGAUGAAUUAAAUAAUUGGAAAAAUGCUAUAAAGGCUGUUUAAUGUCAUUUUGCAUAAAACUUUUCGGAUUUUCGUCUGAAAGGAGUUUGAGGCAUGUUUUAUACGUCGAAUUUUGGUCGCGUCGAAUGCAAUUAAGACAAUAGAUAAUGAGAUGAUUAAACCUCAUUAAGCUUCAUUAUCUAUUGUUUGAAUUGCAUUCGACGCGACCGAAAUUCGACGUAUAAAAUAGGCCUGAAACACGUCGAUUAACAUACACAUGCAGCAUGCAUGAUGACCGCAUUCAUAAGAAGUCAGAGCAAACAUGUAAAGCAGUGCAUUAAUCGAUUGCUCGCAAGAACGUUGCCUAUAUUUAUUUAUUGUGUAUAACUAAUACAAUACCCAUCAGCAGUAACGAGUAACUAGGAUGAAAAUGAUAUUAUCUGGGAAAUAGCUAGCUACUUAUGCAACACGCAAUAAUUUUUGCACAAAAUAAUUAAUUAGCUAUACUGCAACUUCUUCUUACAGCCAACAAAGGCCUAUUAAAAGUACGUCAUUUUACACAUGGUGACUUAAUGCCACUGGACAACUCAGAAUUAAUGUUUCCCAAUGAUCUGUGUCAUCAAACUGGUGGUUGUUUCUUAGCUGGAGAUACGAGAUCAAGUGAACAGAUGGCGCUAGCUGCUAUUCAUACAUUAUUUGUUAGAGAACAUAACCGUAUCGCGAAGCAAUUGAUUCAAAUUAACCCAAAUUGGACGGGCGACACUGUCUAUCAGGAAACAAGAAAGAUCGUUGGUGCAAUUAUACAAAAGAUUACAUACGAAGACUAUCUGCCUGAAUUAUUAGGUGAUAAUCCUUUACCAAAAUAUACUGGAUAUAAAUACUGGGUCAAUCCUAGUAUCAUUAAUUCAGUUGCCGCUGCUGCAUAUAGAUUCGGACACAGCACCAUUCGGCCAUCAUUUGAUAUUUUAGAUGAAAACCAUCGAAAAGUAGGGGCACCAAUACCACUGAAACAUAUGUUUUUCAAUAAUACAUACAUCAACCGGCACGGUAUUGAUCAUUUGUUGCUUGGUCUCUGCGCGUUUCAAGCAGAGAAAGUUGACCGUAGUUUUGCUAAUGGGAUUAUGGGUCAUUUGUUUGAGCGAAAACAUUUACCAGGAUUGAACUUGAUUGCACUGAACAUCCAGAGAGGAAGAGAUCACGGCCUGCCGGGAUACAACGAUUUCAGGAGAUAUUGUAGACUAACUGACGCGAGGACAUUUAAUGAUACAGCUAAGGAAAUCUCGCUAGAAAACAGAAAGAUCUUGGCAAAGUUAUACAAGGAUGAUCCAACAAUCGCAGAUCUGUUUGUGGCAGGUAUUGCGGAAACACCGUUGCCAGGCUCGCAACUUGGGCCUACUUUCUCUUGUCUGAUUAAAGAGCAAUUUGCUCGUCUGAGAGAUGGAGAUAGGUUCUUUUACAUGAGAGGAAAAUGUUUCACAAAAUCUCAACUUAAAGAAAUCAAAAAGAGUUCAUUAAGUCGUAUACUCUGUGAUAAUUUGAAGAGUGGUAAAAAGUUAUGGGUACAAGAAAACGUUUUCCAUGCAGUCAACAACGGUGUUCGACGUGUAGAUUGUAGUAGUAUUCCAAAGAUUGACCUCAAUCAGUGGAAAGGUAAGAAACAACCGAUAUUAAACUAAAAACAAUCUACUUUGAGUCAACCGUACGGAACCUAGCUCUCUGGUGUAGACAACGGACACCAUAUCUUCGUCGCUGAGAGCAAACACAUAUAUUAUAAGUACACUAUGUAAUCUUUUUGCUACCGUUUGCAGUUACAUAUACACACCAAUAUGUUUCUAACUAACAGUAGAUGCGACAUUGCUUUCUACAUUCUGUCGAUCAAUUUGCUCGGACUCGGAUUUAGGCUUGUUUUUAUGGUUACUAAACCAUGUACCCUUCAAAAGCAGAGUCUUUAAAGGUGCCGUCAUGGGCACACAAUAUAUACCCUUCCGUACAGUAUACGUCACUUUGGCAAUAGAGCCUCGUUUCUGUGUAUGUGACACUCGUUAAAGCCCAACGUCUCAAUCAUGAAAACGAGGCUCUAUGGCGAAGGUGACUUCCGGAAGCGUGUAUUGUGGUGACCUCUGAUCUCACGAAACGGCGACCUAGCUUUUCAAAUUAAUUUCCUCUGUUAAUUGAGUAUCUGUAUCGGUUAAAGAAGUCAAUCUCUGUUUUUACUAAUUUCAACAAAAUUUUUUUAUUAUUUUUCUAGAAAUUAAAAUAUAAUGCUGGUUUAGGACGAUUCUAAAAACUAUAUGAAGAUCAGAGGAUAUUUUCCCACAAAAAUUUUGCUUAAUUAAAUAUUUUAAUUUUUUAACUAAUUCAUGUUAUUAAUUUAGAUCCUAAUUCAAAAU